AUGAGUAGACAUGGACCCAUGAAGCGCGUGCAAUGGAUAGGUGAUAUCACAAGAGCAGAGUUAGCCAAACAUAAUAAACCAGAUGAUUGCUGGUGCUCUUAUGAAGGUGAAGUGUUUGAUAUGACUCAGUUUCUUGGCAGACAUCCAGGUGGCAAGAAGAUCAUUCUUGAAUGUGCUGGAAAUGACAUGACAGAGCUUUACAAACAACAUCAUGCUUAUCUUUCUAUUAACUUUAUCAAAGGACUAAAGAUCGGCAGGCUUGUUUACUAA